CUACCGAUUUUAAGAAUGCCAGUGGUAUAUAAAAUUUGCCAUAUGGACAAUCGGCUUAAAUUUUUUUGUUACCUUUAAUUGAUGGUUCAAAAUGGUGGCUAUUAAGACAGACAUUGAAGCUCCAGCGGUUAAAGAAGACAUACCACAUGACCAUUUGUACGAAGUGACCGGCUUGUCGUCGACAAAUUUAGAGAAAUUGGCUCAAGAGCCAGCAUCUGAUUUUGAAGAAGCGAUUAGUGCCACUGGAUAUGGCUGGUUCAACAUAUCCCUUAUGCUCUGCACAUUGCUAGCAUUCUGGAGCGCUGUGUCCGUCACCAGCUCAUCAUCCUUCAUCUACACAAGAGCCCAGUGCGAUAUGGAAUUGCGGCUUUUGGACAUGGGCACUGUUACGGCCAUGACCUAUAUAGGAAUGAUUUCUUCAGCGAUGAUUUGGGGGUACCUAUCAGACACGCUGGGUCGCCGGCAGUUCAUGGUCUGGGGCUUCUUCUGCGCUGGACUGAUGGAAGUGGCCGCUGGUUUGAGUCAGAACUUCACAAUGCUGCUUAUAACGCGAUUCUCGAGUGGAUUCUUAUUCAACGGUCCAUUCGCAGUACUAAUGACAUAUAUAGCGGAACUACAUCGCACGGACCUGCGGGCGCGCGUCCUGUUGCUUACUGGCCUGUUCUUCGCCAUCGCUAACACCACUCUACCACUGCUGGCAUGGGCUAUCAUUACAAAGGACUGGGACUUCCCGCUUUUUGGAAAUACCUUUGUAAUACACUCGUGGAACAUAUUCCUUCUGGCGACAGCGAUGGUGCCUAUCUUAACUGGAAUAGCAUUCAUCUAUCAGCCAGAGAGUCCCAAAUUUUUAAUGUCGCGAGGACGUAAUAAGGAAGCCAUGGAGGUCUUUCGAAAAAUAUACUCUCUAAAUACUGGAAAACCUCCAGGAACAUACCCGAUAAAAAGAUUAGUAGAAGAAAGGUCGGAGCAGCAGAGUCGUGGUCUAGCGGCACUCAAGGAGGGUGGGGCUCAGCUGGCUCCCCUCUACAAGACACCUCACAUUGCCUGGCUUUUACUCAUAUGUGGAGCUCACCUAGGGUGUAUGUUUGGGUCAAAUACAAUACGUCUCUGGUACCCGCAACUGGCAGCAAUGAUAGGCUCCGAUGGUACGGAGAGCCUGUGCUCUGCCAUCGCCCCUAAGCACAUUGAGGUGGAAGGUUGCCUGCCUACUGAGACGAAUAUGCUCACUUAUCUACAAUCCGCAGUGGUCGGCGCUGGAUCGAUGGUCACUUAUGGUAUUGGAGGAGCUUUGAUUAACCGAUGCGGCAAGAGAAAGGUUUCAGGAUUCUGUGGGAUUUUAAGCGCGGUUUUCAUUGUAAUGUUGCCAUUCACUGAUAGCAGUAGUGCCUUGCCAUUGGUCGCAAUGGUCACCACCGCGAUGGCAUUCACGUCGCUCUGUUCAGCAUCGUUAUCGAGCAUCGCGGUAGAUCUAUUCCCUACGUCACUUAGAGUAAUGGCGAUGACUACUUUCCUGAUGAGCGGCCGUGUCGGGACAAUAUUAGGAACUGUCAUUUUUCCCGCGCUAAUCGACUUCGGCUGUCUGCCGCCAUUUAUAACAAUAGGAGCUGUGUUAGCAGCAUGCGGAAUAUCAUGCUUCUUUCUGCCAAACACAACUCUGAAGAAAUUGGAAUGAGGCUGAUUUUUAAAGCAUUUCAUCGAGACAAUUGUGAUAACUAGUUUUUUUUAUAUAAGAUUUUUUAGCAUAGGAUGUAAAAAAAACAAAGUGAAAUAAAAAUAUUCCCUUUCUUUAUUAUAA